AUGAAGCUCACCGUCCCACGGCUGAAGGCUCUAUGCAAGGACAAGAAACUAAAUGGCUACUCUAAACUUGGGAAGAAGGCACUUGUCCAGCUUCUGGAGCACACGCCUCGGCCUGUACGCCCAUACCCAACUCCGUCUCGACGCCUACCUUUGCCUCGCCCCGGGAUACGGAUAAACUUGAAAAAGGUUACCCCUUCUACGUGCUACGAGAUGAUGCCUCCGCCUCCGCCUCCCAAACGGCCGCGCAUACACCCACCCCCAGUGGCACAAGACCCCCGCCGUUCGAGUGGACACCAUUCGGGUUCGUCGGAGGAAGGGCUUGAGAAGAUCACUGUACGCAAAUUUCCUGUUACCAGAAUUACGCCUCAACCUUGCCAACAUCCCCCCGCUACCUUAUCGUUUUCGCUGCUUCGUACUGCUCCAUCCUCCGCUCACACUGCUCCGAUAUCUGCUUCGAGUACUACAGAGAAGCCCGUCUCGCGCCCUGCAAAGCGUUUUAAACCACUCCUGACCAACAAGAGCGCCGCGGUAUCUAAGUCGAAUGUUCCCCUUGCCAACACCAAUUCCUCGCUUCAGCGUAACACAGAAAGCACAUUCUCCCCUCUAGAACACCCGGUUACGGCCGUGCCGCCCCUGUCCAACAUCAACUUUCCCCCCUCCAUGUCUCAACGAAGACGCGUUCAGCGCUGGGCAGUUAUCCUGAGCGGAUUAGGUCCGCAGGAACGUGCGGCAUGCAGCCUUGUUUCUCGCGCCUUGCGAUAUGCAGUGUAUGUCUCCGCGUCAGUGGUCCUUGUGCACCGUCAUCUAGGCCGUCGACUGCAAGACGAUGUUCUGAGCAAGUACGCAGUAUCAACGACGGACAUGUGGCCCUAUCUCCGCAUGCGCGAUGCCGAAGGGGCGAUGCGGCAGCGCAUAUACGAGGCCUCCUUCCUCGCGCGGUUCCUAUGCGGCAGCGGCUUCCCCAACCCGAUCUCUCCCAGGCUGUGGGCAAGCCCAGACCACCCAAAGCAAGCCGCUGUGGCAAUGAGGUGUGUCUGCAGUGUGGCUCUUUUCCCGUGUUCCAACGGACUGACGAUCCACAGGUUUGUCUUGACCCGAGCCUGGUUCGAACUUUCCCUCGGCUCGCCCAGCAGCGCGGACAAUGCUCUCCAUUCAUGGCUCCGCGGAACGGUCACGGACGCGCAGGAAGUCGUCCCCGGGGAGAUCUGGGCGAUCUCUAUAUUCUAUCCAGACGCCCAGAUAGUCGUCAACUCGAACCAGCACGAGACGCUCUACGUGCUCGAACCGACCUGCGAGGUCAUCAGACAUCCGGCGGCCUCUCAAGCCCUCACCUCUGCCCUUCGGGAUCACACGACGCGAAAACGCCCUCGGUCCCCCGGGCCAACCUUCCCCGUCCGCACCGACUGGUCCGCAUACAUGACGAACCAGAAGGAGGCGUCCGAUCGCGACCGGUCGCUCCUCGCGCACCUGAGGUGGCCCUGCGUCGAAGACUACGACCGCGGGAUCAGCCGGCUCUGGCUCUCCCGGCUCGCCGCAAACGCGGACGCCCGCGAGGCCGCCGCGCUCCGCCCCGUCGCGGAGCGGUACGUGCUCGCGUGCGUCGCCGCGAACAGCGUCAGCGGCCCGGAGAUGACGGCGAGCGAGAUGGCGCACGAGUUCGCGGGGCUGCCCGAACGGGUGUCGCGGCGCGGUCGACCAGGAAACGGACGCGCGGCGCCGACGCUCUUCCUUCCCGAACACCACCACGUCGAGAGCGUGCACUUCUCCACGCCGGGCGGCCGCGAAGGGUUGCACCCUGCGCUGGCGGUCGUGCAGACCCCGCACAGGGCGUACUACGUGCUGCGGGACAACGGGAUGCAAGUAGGCUGCGAGGAGGACGGCCUGGCGGAGGUGUGGCAGGAGGUCAUCGGAUGCGAUCCCCGAGGUGUUACUCUCGUGGAGCUCACUCAAUAG